AUGGAGGAGAGACCCGCGGAGACCAAUGCCAACGUGGACAGCUCGGCGUCCCCCUCGGUGGCCCAGCUGGCCGGGCGGUUCAGGGAGCAGGCGGCGGCGGCGAAGGAGAAAUCACCCCAUACAAGCCACCUCCCCAAGGUGAAGGUGAAGAGCUCCCCUCUGAUCGAGAAGCUCCAGGCCAACCUCGCCUUCGAUCCCGCCGCCCUGCUGCCCGGGGCCUCGCCCAAGAGCCCCGGCCUCAAGGCCAUGGUGUCCCCGUUCCACAGCCCGCCUUCCACUCCCAGCAGCCCCGGCGUGCGCUCUCGGGCCAGCGAGCCAGAGGAGGUGCCCAUCAGCUUCGACCAGCCCCCGGAGGGCAGCCACCUGCCCUGUUACAACAAGGUGCGCACAAGGGGCUCCAUAAAGAGGCGCCCUCCGUCUCGACGGUUCCGGAAGUCUCAGUCGGAAUAUGGGGAGCUGGGAGAUUUCAGGGCCCCAGAGUCGUCCCAGGAGAAUGGCGCCCAGGAAGAAGCCGGGGACGAGGUGUUUCAGUCCAGGAACAAGGCCCCAGGCUCCCCGCAGUCCAGUGAGGAGGCAGGAAGGGACGGGAGCAGGAACCUGGAGACCCACGAGAGGCCCCCUCUGAGGAGGACGGACAAGCAGGAGGGGGAGGUCCCGGCCCCUGAGAAGGCCACCCCGGAGCAGCUGCCUGAGAAGGCUGCCCCAGAUGCCCAGGAGGAGGCCACCCCACCACCCAAGGGCCCCAGCACAGAGGCCCCUGGCUCAGAGGCAGAGAGCGGGUGCGGGAGCCCUGAGGAGGCAAGGCCAGCCACAGAGCAGAGGGAGGAAGCCCCAGAGCAGAGGGAGGAGGCCGCAGCGGCAAAGGUGGAGAGGGCCAGCAGGGCAGGGGAGCCUGCACAGCAGAGCCUGGACACGCAUCAGCUAGAAGAGAAAUCUGGGGGGCAGGAGAGCCCCCAAAGUCCCCCUGAAGGUGUGGAGGGCAGCCUCACCCCCGCAGAGGGGACUGACAAGGAGAAGCAAGAGGAGGGGGGCGUCCUGGAGCCAGGCUGCCACCCCAGGACCAGCAACAAGAUGUCCGAGAAGGAGGGCAACACCCCUGCCCAGGACACGAGGAUGUGA